AGAAAAAGUAGAGGUCACACAGAUAAGAACAGGCAGGGGAGGAAGAAAAAAACCCGCCGGCGGAUCUGAGAGAGACAAAUCACUGAGAAAGUCAAGGAGAAAAGCUUGUGUGUGUGUGUGUGUGUGUUUGCGUGUAUGUACUGUUCAGACAGGCAUAGGUAGAUUCCUGGGAUUUUUUUUUGAGAGUGAUAGAGGACGAAAGCGCAUUAUGGAUCCUUCGAGUCCCUCGGAGGGCCCCGUGGAACCCAAGGAAAGGAGGAAAAUCCAAUUUGCAGUCCCAGCGACGGAACCCACCCAGCUGGACCCGCGGCAGGUUGAGAUGAUUCGACGACGAAGACCCACGCCGGCCACUUUGUUUAAAGUAGCCGAUCAAACAUCUCCUGAGGACGACAUUACCUCCCAUCAGUGGGUUGUUGGAGAAAACGGCAUCCUCAAACCAAAGCGAAUUAACCCAAAUAUCUACCAGCCCCCAUCAUUAAAAGCCGUGCAGCAGAUGGCUGAAGCUCAAAUGCAGAAAUUAGGUGUGUAUCCUCAUGUAGAGGAGGAGGGGGAGGAGCCUGUUCACAGAGGGGGGGCGGAGCUCUGCUCAUCCUGCACAACUGAAUCGCAGGAGCAAAGGAGCACACCAGAAAAGCAGUCUGGCAUGAGGAAGACAGAAGCCACGGCACCGACCGAUGAAGAAGAAGAAGAAGAAGAGGAGGAGGAGGAGGAAGAUGAAGAAAAAGAAGAAGAAGAAGCAGAUGAUAUGGCAAGAGAGGAGAGCAGAAAUCUGGACUGAUAGAAGUUUGAGAACUUUAGUGAUUUCUUUUAUUUGGUAAUGCAAACUUUGUUUAUUAAUUAUUGGUUUUCCGUGAUUUCAUCAUUUCGCAAAUAACAGCAAACUGUUUGAAUCAUUAUAGACUCAUUCUGAAAAUGUAGCCCUAUAUACAUUUCUGGAGAUCGCGAAUUAUGUAGCCAGAGGUACAUAAUGCUGCAUUUCUUCCUUGAAACAAACACUAUGGAGUGCUACGAUGCUGUUCCUUUUUGCGCUUACCAGCUGACCCACUUACCUUCGUAUGGACGGCUUUCCCGCUGUUACCAGUUUGUCCAGUGGCUCGCCACUUACGUUGGCAGACUUGAGACACAGAGCAGAGUUGACCGUGAUGACGGGGUUUGAGUCUGGUGAAGAAUGCUUCCAGAAAGCAGCUAAGACAAAAACAAAAGCCAAAAGAUAAUAUAAACAAGUAAAUAACAGCGUGAGAAUGUGUUCAAAUCUGAAAACGCGGUAAAAAUCUGGUGGCCGCGAGGGCUUAUCUUUUUCUGGAUUGCUUUUUGGGUUUAAGGAAGGGAGUGGGUGGGGGGGAUCGGUCGGUUGGUCAGUCAUUCAGUCAGACGACAGUGACCUCCGGUGCAUUUACGUGAGAAGACCAAGCGCGAACGGCACUUGCGAAAGUAAUUUGAGAUCUUAAAAAGUCUACACAGCAGCCUGUAGUGGAUUCGCGACAAC